AGUGGCCGUUAUAAUGAAUUCAGUUAUCCUGCUCGGUACCGUGUUGCUGGUGAUGGUCGAGUGUGCACCUCAGGGACCAGUGACGGAACCGAUUCCGAUCAUCCGGCAAGAGCAGGAAGUCAAUCCGGACGGCAGUUACAGCUGGAGCUACGAAACGGGCAAUGGUAUCGUGGCGGAAGAGCAAGGAUUUCUCAAAAAUCCCGGCACCGAACAGGAAGCUCAGGUCGCCCAAGGUGAGUAUUCAUACACGGCGCCCGACGGCCAGUUGAUACGCGUCCAGUACAUUGCCGACGAGAACGGCUUCCAACCGCUCGGUGACCAUCUGCCCACACCGCCCCCCAUCCCGCCGGCCAUUCAGCGUGCGCUAGAGUACUUGGCCAGCUUAACGCCCAGCGACGACGCCUCGCGGAGGUUCUAGGAGCGGCGCCUAAAGGUUACUCAGCGGUUACAGCACAUCCCCCGCACCACUCAUCUCAUCGUGUGCGCGCCGUGGUUCAGUGGGUCAGGCACUCGUGCGAUCCACGGGCUAGUGAAAACAUUUCUUGU